AUGAGGAGGAAAUCCAUGAACCACCAGGAGAACCAUGUAGUGUCGCCCACGCCAGAGGUUGACGAAGAGCACUUCGAGGACAUCGAGGAAGUGUCUGAGCCGGCCGACGCGCCGUCGCCCGGCCGGCGCGCAUCAAUGCAGCGCAGCCGUCUAGAGGAGCGGAGCUCUUUUGUAUCUGGCCGAGGCCUCACCGUGCCCGCCAACAACGGGCCCCCCAGCAGCAGCAGCUCUGACCCCCCAGAUGAGCCGUUCCACACAGACUUUCUGGAGAUGCCUGGCGAGGAAGCGCCACUCCUGGCCAAGCCUGCCAAGAAGAAGAAGGCCAGCCAGCUGUCCAAUGACAUCCUGUAUGGCAUCAUCAAUGCCAUUGUGGGCGCACCCACCAUGAUUUCAUUCGCUGCCAUCAUCUUCCAGGAUGAUUUGUAUGCGCCAUACCUGGGGCAGCUGGCAAAGCUGGCCUUCCUGGCCAGCGCUGUGCACCAGGCCAUCUUCACGCUCUUCUCCACACUGCCCUUUGCAGUGGGCCAGGUCCAGGACGUGGGGCUGAUAUUCCUGAGCGCCAUGGCGACCUCCAUAGCGCACCUGUGCGAGAAGAACGGCUACGACCCGCAUGAGGCGCUGGGCACCUCGCUGCUGACUCUGGCCAUCUCCACCUUCAUUGUGGGCGUCCUCAUCAUCCUGGUCGGUUACUUCAAGCUGGCCACGCUGACGCAGUAUGUGCCACUGAGUGCCAUCGGGGGCUACCUGGGCUACGUGGGAUACUUCUGCAUCGCCGCCGGUGUUGCGCUGGCCUGCGAUGUGGAAAUCGACUCGUUCACCAGCUGGAAGCACCUGGCGAACAAGGCGGCGCUUAUAAAGCUGGUGCCGGCUGUGGCGUCGACUGCGGCGCUGCUGCUGACGCUGAAGCACUCACGCAACCCCUUUGUGCUGCCGGCCGUGCUGGUGGCCAUCCCCGUCAGUUUCCACCUGGUCCUACUGGCCACUGGCACCACCCUGCAGCAGGCCGCUGAUGCCGGCUGGCUCAUGCAACCCGAGCCGCCGCGCUACUUCUGGGAGAUCUACGAGCUGUACAACAUCAAGGACUUCAAGUUUGACGGCGUGUACUUCCCGGGCAUGCUGCAGCAGAUCCCCAAGCUGCUGGCGCUGUUCUUCGUGGUCGCCUUUGGUUCCAGCCUCGACGUUGCUGCCAUCCAGGCCGACUCCCCUGAACCCCUCGACUACAACCACGAGCUCAAGACCGUCGGGCUGAGCAACAUGGUUGCGGGUCUGACCGGGGCGGGCAUGACGGGGUCGUACAUUUUCAGCCAGACCAUCUUCAGCAUGCGCGCUGGUGUCAAGACGCGCAUCCACGGAAUCAUCAUCGCCGUAUCGGAGCUGGUGCUGUUUCUGGUGCCCAUCAGCGUGGUCCAGUACAUCCCUACCUACUUCUUCGGCAGCCUCCUCAUCCUCUUCGGGGUCGAGAUCACCCUCGACUGGCUCUUCUAUUCAUUCAGAAAGGUGACUCGGAUGGAAUUUCUGCUGCUGUGGGCGACGUACCUGGCCAUCAUGUACACCGACCUGGAGCGUGGCAUCGGCGCAGGCAUCGUCAUGGCCACCCUCUACUUCGCCUACUCCUACGCCCAGGCACGCUCCCUCCUCCUGACUACUCUGCUGCUCCACCUGUCAAUCUUGCGUGCAAGAAGGAUGGAGUGCGUCAGAAUCGCUUUGGAGAACACGACCCUGUGUGGCAUCGGGGGCUCCUGCACAGAGGUGGUGGCCUUUAAGGUGACGGUGCGGACGUUCACGGUGCUGCCGACGCGGAGUGGGGUGCUGCGCGCGGUGAGCGAGCGCAAGAUCCUGGACCUCUUCUCCAGCCGCCUCGCUGCCAUCUCCCUCUCCGGCUACAUCUUCUUCGGCUCCUCCGUCUCCAUUUCAGACCAGGUGAUGUCGGUGGCGCGGACGCUGGUGGGGCAGGACAUUGCUGCGUUGGAGGCCGAGGCUAGCAGCCCGCAGGAAGCCAAGGCACGCGAGCUAGGCCUGGACCCGCUCUUCUCCCCCGAGCAGCGUCCCCACACCGCCGCCGCGUUCGCCGCCGCACCCAGAUUCAUCCUCCUUGACUUCAGGCAGGUGCACGGGUUGGACGCGACAUCGGCGCAGACGUUUGGGACGCUGUGGACGAUGCUGGAUCGGCUGGGCGUGGAGCUGGUCAUCACCCACCUGGACAACCCCGACAUGGAACGCCUCCUGCGCGCCCACGGAGUCAUCGACGACCACGCCUGCGCGUGCGUCGCUCCAACCUCCCCCCGCUCCCCCUCUGUUGAUGUAUCCCUUGCCGACCGGGCGUUCCAAACGACUGAGGAGGGCAUGCAGUACUGCGAGGAGCAGUUCCUGGCGGUGGCGUCGCGGCACGGGCUCUGCCGGCCGGCCAGCUCGGUGCUGAGCCUGGAAGACAUCAUCUCCCUGCAUGGCAACGUGGUGUCCGGUGAUCCACUUGACUACGCGGCCAUCGCUCGAGUCUUGCACCAGUACAUGCGGGAGAUCCACUACGAAACCGGCGACCCCAUGAUCGAGAUGGGGGAGGAGUCGAACGCGUUUUACAUCAUUGAGGAAGGGAGUGUGAGCGUGGAAGCCAAUUUCCUGCCGGAUCCCAGCACCCCCGGCUCUGUCGACCACCCCUCCAAUGUGCUCGCCCGCCUCGACUCCUCACGUUGGAGUUUCACGUUUGGCCCCGGGACGGUGACGGGAGCGAUGGACUUCAUCCAGCGACAGCCGCGCCGGUUCCGCGUGGUCGCCCGGCAGCCGUCGCGCGCGCUCUGCCUCGAGCGUGCCCAGUUCGACGAAAUUGCCAAUGAUAACCCCGAGGCGAUGGUGGUAUUGCUGACGGUGCUGGUGCGCACAUCAGUCGUGGACGCCCAGCACGUGUGGGAGUACCUGGCCAGAAACAACGCAACUUCACGAUAG